AGCUCCUCCCGCCGCGACCGAGCGCCAUGGAGGCGGCGGCUCGGUGACACCCGCGCGGACCGCCGCCCGGCCACCAGGUUUUCUUCACCAGUGGAGUGUGAAAUAGAAACUGAAGCAAGAUGAGUGAGCUGGAACAGUUACGGCAGGAGGCAGAGCAGCUGCGAAAUCAGAUCAGAGAUGCAAGGAAAGCAUGUAGCGACACAACUCUUGCUCAGAUCACAACAAGUCUGGACUCAGUGGGUCGAAUUCAAAUGCGAACGAGGCGUACGCUUAGAGGUCACUUAGCCAAAAUUUAUGCUAUGCACUGGGGAUCUGACUCAAGGCUACUAGUCAGUGCUUCACAAGAUGGAAAAUUAAUUAUCUGGGAUAGUUAUACAACAAAUAAGAUGCAUGCCAUUCCUCUGAGAUCCUCCUGGGUGAUGACUUGUGCGUACGCACCGUCUGGCAACUACGUGGCCUGUGGUGGACUGGACAACAUCUGUUCCAUAUACAACUUAAAAACCAGGGAGGGCAACGUCAGAGUGAGCCGAGAGCUGCCAGGGCACACAGGAUACUUGUCCUGUUGUCGCUUUUUGGAUGACAACCAAAUUGUCACUAGCUCAGGAGACACCACUUGCGCUCUGUGGGAUAUUGAAACUGGUCAGCAGACCACCACGUUCACUGGGCAUACCGGCGAUGUAAUGAGUCUCUCUCUAAGUCCAGAUAUGAGGACUUUUGUUUCGGGUGCCUGCGAUGCCUCCUCGAAGCUCUGGGAUAUUCGGGAUGGGAUGUGCAGGCAGUCGUUCACAGGGCACGUGUCAGAUAUUAACGCCGUUUGUUUUUUCCCCAAUGGACACGCAUUUGCCACUGGAUCUGAUGAUGCCACUUGCCGACUCUUUGACCUGCGUGCAGAUCAGGAAUUAAUGAUGUAUUCACAUGACAAUAUCAUCUGUGGAAUCACUUCUGUAGCCUUCUCAAAAAGUGGUCGCCUUUUGCUAGCAGGUUAUGAUGAUUUCAACUGCAAUGUGUGGGAUACUCUGAAAGGAGAGAGGGCAGGUGUCCUUGCUGGCCAUGACAACCGUGUCAGCUGUUUAGGUGUUACUGAUGAUGGCAUGGCUGUAGCUACAGGGUCUUGGGACAGUUUUCUCAGAAUCUGGAAUUAACUGGGAGCCAAACAUGUACAUUCUCCACUUGAGACCUGGAGAGAUCAAUGCUGCAGCCUAUAGCUGUGAAAUAACAUUUCUACCUUGUAUUUGCAGGUGAAGUUUUUCUAUUCACUGAUUAUUACACAAAAAGGCUUUCUGUAAACUAGAAAAAAAAUCAAGUGAAGAAACAGGGGAGGGGGGAAGAAAUCACUGACUUUUUAAAAGGGGCCAGCACACAUAAUCAUGGUGACCGACAAACUAAGAGCCAGUCUUUUUGUUUUUGAUGGUUUGGUUAGAUUGUCUUUGAAGGGUUUUUGCUUGUGCUCAGUCUGCUAAUCCUGUACUUUUAUUUGUACAUAACAGAAUAUACACGUUAUAGCAGCCAAUCAUGUAACAUUUGUCUGUAUGUAAAGAAAUAUGUUUGCAUUUUUUUAAGGAACUACAUUUAUAGCUUUGCUUUAACCUGAGGUGUCACUUCUGAGUUUUGUAGUGGAUGAACUAUAAUUGCUGUUUUAAAUGUUUUUGUGAAUUUACUGUAGAUAAAGUGAAGCCAAUGGUAUGUAUGUUUUUAUAAUGGAAGGCAUUUGAAUUUAUUAUUUUUUUUUUUUAGAGGCCCUGGAGACUCCCAGUUAAUACCUACUGCCUUACUCACUCACUUCUUGACCUGCUUGCCUAUUUUUAAUCGUGGGGGUUCUUCCUUAAGCCAGUGGUUCCUGGUUCAUCCAUUGGCAGUGGCAGCCUCCAGACACCAAGGAGUUAAUGCCAGGCAGAGUUGCAACAACAGAGGGAAAAAAAAGUCCAGUUCAGAAGUAUUAGCCUCCUUACUGCGGCUUUCCGCAUCUGCUAUUCCACCCAGCCUUGGGUAUGGAAACCAGGUGACCUGCACUGCUGUUGUUAAGUGGCUGAGUGCUUUUCUUUUUGACAGUUCAGCUCUAAAUGAGACAGUUUGGCCUGUCACAAACUCUAACAGCGAUUUGGCGUGAUACUCUGUGCAGAAAGCAGUGUGCUUGCAGAGCUUGCUCAGUCACCCCAACAAACGGGAAUUCAAGAGAACUUUGCUUAGAAUCUUAAAGAUUUAAAUGUGCAGUUAAUCACCUGUAAUUCCCCUCCAAACUGGGGGUUUGCCAAAGCAUACCACAACCAAAAGUGCUUGUUGUCAGUUACGUGCAGUGUGAGUUAUGAAAGGAAUUGUGUAACUUACAGUGAACCAAAUAACCUUACUUACUUGUGUGGCCCUUUAAAACUUUGUGCUAUGAAGUUAGCGACUUGCUUGUUCUCCUGUGGUCACAGGUCUGUGCCAUAGUGGCUCAUUAGAUGCUAAUUGUUCUGCAGUUCUCACACUGUAAAUAGCCAUCUCCUCUUCCUGAUUUAUUCAGAUGUUGGUGGCAGCUGCUUAUAAGUGACAGGUUCUGAUCAACUAUGGUUGAGUGUAGGUAGAAGAAAAUCAAGUGAGUGAUGCCCAUCUGAAACUACCCAGGAGGACUGCUUAACUUCUUGGUGCCUGGCAGCAUGCUUGUGCCUGCAGUGGAUGUUCCCUUGGCAAUCUCAAAGCCUGUGGCAUUUGUAGAAAGGGGAAAUCAAGUCUAUUGGCUUUUCUGAAGUGACUUGUCUUAAAUAGAUGUGAAUUUUAAAUUACCAGGUUGGAAGAUAACGUUCAUCCGCCCUCAGCUGAAGUUAUGGGGAGUCUGGGUAUCGGUGGGUCAGGUACCAAAUCUAAGUGCCCAAUAUUUUGUAGUACGCCAAAACAGAGAUGGCUCUUUGUCAAGUUUAUGAUAUUUGUAAUCCUAAAUUUCCGCACUUCCAAACUGUGCCUGUAAACUUGCCAUGUCUGAGUGGCAAAGGUGCCAAUAAAUGUACCAGUCACAGCAAAUUCACUUCAAGAAAACAAAGCAGCACAUCUCGUGCUGCAGGAGCGUACAUUUGCCAACAGCAGAUUGUGGUGUAGGACCAAAAUCACACAAUGUCACAGGAACUCCUCAGCAUUUUGCUUUUCGAUCUGCAUUUACAGAACUAUUAAGGAAUACUUGUUACUCUUUAAGUGAGCGUGUUGAGAGCUCUCAGAUUUGGUUCAAUUUUUAGUGGUGCACUUAACUUUUUUUUUUUUUAACUCACAGCUGCCUUGAGUGAAUUUGUUACUAUAGAAUUUUAAGAAAAUAUUCUUUUUCUAAAAAGUUUUUUUCCAUAGAGAUGUGUUUUGAACCAAUUUCUUAGCCAACGCUGUUGCGAAGACAGAUGCCAUUUUUACAUUCUGGUGUUCAAGCUGGUUUCUACUUGUGAAGCUCCAAAAACAACUUUACAAAUGUAUAUAACUUUUCUUAAAAGUUUGGGUAGACUGUAAGCAUGGUAAUGGCUCUGGUACAGGUAUUACUGCAAAUAACUUCACUAUCAUUGGUUGAUGAGCAGUUGUUGGAUUCAGCUGCUAGUAAGGAAUGCCAACUACUUGCCUGUGAGGUUUCCAAAAGCAUCAUUAAAAUACCUGCCUGUUUUUGCUGUUUGGUUAACUGGUUCUUCUAGUGCUGCAGGUCCCAUGGUGGCUCCUUCUGUGGUGGUGCACAAGGAAAGGUGGAAGGAGCCUCAGCACAACUGGAAAAAGUAUCUGAUGUGUCUUGGGAACUUGUAGAAAGCUUGUGAUAGAUCCUGCCAAGGUGAUGUUUGCUGUUUAAUUACUGUCCUGUAUUAUCUAAUGAGAAAAAAAAAAGCCUACAGCCUUGAUGUAAUGCAUUGCUGCUGUUGUAUGAGGCCAAAUCAUGAAGUUUCUUUCUCUUAUGGCUAUCAGUGGUGAGCUCACUCACGAGAAUGGAUGUGGUUUAAUGGCUAAAUGCUCAAACUCUCUCCAAUAUGAGGAAGUUAAGAAAAUGAGCCUUUGUAGGUUUUACUUACAAGAUUUAAUUCCCAGCUUUGAGAAUGGUCUGUGCCUCUGUGCCUCUGCUAUGGCGUAGGCACACGUGUGCAGCUCAUGCAAUUUCUAACUGCUCCAUGGCAGCAAACUGGGUGUACAGCAGAUUUUGCAGCCCCAGUGGGUACAUCUUAAACUGUAGAAGUUUGCUGCCAUCAUGGUCUGAAUUUCAAAUACCUUGUGUAAUUACAGAAAUGUAGUAACUGAGACCAUUGUGCCAAAACCAUUGGUGGCAAAGUAACUCAUUCCCAGCCUCUCUUCUAAAAUCCUAUUGGUUAUAGCUUGGAAAGUGGAACGUGGAACUCAGUGCUUUGCGUAGCAAGAUUUAUUUCAUUCAGGUACAGUUGUUGGGUAGUUUUUGGGUUUUUUUGUCAGCAUUUUCCAGUGUUGAUUUAAUACUGCAAUACAGGAUGCUGAUCAGGCCAGGCAAGCACCCAAGCUGGGCUUGUUCUUGUGUAGAUUCAGACAUCGAUUUAUUGGUGGGGAUCUUGAUUGAGAUUCUGGAAACCACAGAAGCUUCUCACUGUAUACUCACUGAGUACUGCAAUGUUGGCCUGUUUUCAUCUGUCUCCAGACCUUUUUUCUUCCAACCAUCAGCACCAUCUGCCUUGCAAAGCUGCAGCUGCCUGGCAGUGUUUGGCAGAACUGACAGGUUUGAGCAUUGACACCGAUCUGCGUUACUGAAGCGGAACGUGGAUUGAUGGGCUGCCCCCAGUCUGGGAGAGGGCCUGACCUGGACUGUCCAAAGCUGAAUGGAUGUAACAGCUGGUCCUGGCGUGCUUACUGUUGUGCAUGGGUUGGAAAUAGUUAACUCUUCAGUUUGUGUCCCACAAUGAAGUUGGCGUUACUUUAAGGUAGAAUGAAACCAUUGUGAAAACAUUCCAAGCGUGCUUAGUCUUUCCUCUUUGAGGACAGUCACCUCCACUAGGUUUAGUGCUGUGCUUUAAGAUGUUGGUGAGAAUAAGUAUUGGCUAAUUCAAAUAGUUGGUAUAAAUGGUUGUGUAGCAGAAUGACUGAUUUUUGAGAUAGCAUUUCCUGUAAAAGUAAUUAAGCAUGGGUUGAUGGUGCACUUUGUAUACAGUAAUCUGGCAUGCAUGCUGGUAAACUACUUCCUACACUUCAGAGGCACCACAAGCCUUUUUAUCCAAUUGCUGGUUAUGUAAAAUACAUGCAGAAUGUUAAUGCAGUGUUGUUAUGGUAAAUGUGUGAACAGUGUUACUAAUUGAUAUAACUGAUAACAGAUUACAUGUGCCUGACAUUCUUAUACCACACAGUAUGUUUAGGUUUUAACUAAUAUGGACUUCAGUGGAAUAGUCUUAGAUAUUUCAAGCCUUUGUUUUACUUACACAAUGGUGCUCUAUUUGUGUUUUUUCUUUUUUUCCUUUUCUUUCUUUUUUUUUAAAGAAGAAAAAAAUAAAAGCAUCUGAACACUUGUAGUACAUAUUACAUCCAAAGGAGUCCAAAACAAAACUGCUUCUAACCAUCUCGGUUUUAAUUUGCCUUCAGUUUCUGGCAUUUCUCAUCAGCUCGGUUCCUUCUGUCACUUGUUGCUGACUACUUUGGAUAACUGCAGUCAUGUUACCAAUUAUGAAGUGAUUCUGCACUGCCUUUGGAUCGUGUAUGUAUACAGAAACAGUCUUAAAGCUUUUAUUUAAGCUAUUGAAAAAACCAGGGACUUGUGCCAUUUGUUCUUUAACAGUGCUGUUGUAAAAAGACUUCCCUGUGAAAAAAGAUCACUUGCUAUGAACUCUGUUUAUAGCUUUUUUUUUUCCCCCUCACAAUGGAUCUUUUCUUUGUAUUUGUACAGUGGCUCAGUGAAAGAUGUUGCCAUGAGUUGAUAUUGUAACCAAUAAACAAGUGCUUUUAACCAGA